ACACACGCGCCGCUAAAUAGCGUGAGAAGGGAUGAAUUAUAGCGUUCAAAGAUACUCGAUAAGGCAAAACGCAGUCCACUGGAAUGGGCCAAACGGCACUGGUUCUCAGACGACUUAUCUCACUUCUCUGUUCUCGUAGAGCCUGUAAUAUACGAUGGAGGGAUAGAGAAACCCCGGGUGCCAAGAAAAUGUUCGCCCUUAUAGCUACUCCUGCAUUGUUAAUGCCCAGAAAAUGCAGAGCCCGAAAGCGUUUGGCAGUUUUCGCGCAAAAUUUUCCUUCUUUUCUGCCCAGUGAAGUUGAGAAUAUCAAAGACCCUUUUGCAAGAAAGCUAGCCUCAAGAAUCGAAAGGCUACCUGUUAGCUUCUCAGAGAGAUGUAUCAUGAGUAGUUGUGUCAAGCCUUUGGUACAAAGCAAGACAAGUCCAAUGGUUCUGCUCCAUGGUUUUGACAGUUCUUGUUUAGAAUGGAGAUAUACAUUUCCACUGCUUGAGGAGGCUGGCAUGGAGACUUGGGCUGUUGACAUUCUUGGUUGGGGUUUCUCUGAUUUAGAAAGACUGCCCUCAUGUGAUGUUGCGUCUAAGCGCGAUCACUUGUACCAGUUUUGGAGGUCCCACAUAAGGAGGCCCAUCAUCUUGGUUGGACCAAGCCUUGGUGCUGCUGUUGCAAUUGAUUUUGCUGUCAACCAUCCAGAAGCUGUAGAGAAACUGGUUUUCAUUGAUGCAAGUGUGUAUGCUGAAGGCACAGGAGACCUAGCCAAGUUACCAAGAGCAUUAGCAUACGCUGGGGUUUAUUUAUUGAAGAGUGUCCCCCUCCGCUUGUAUGUUAAUUUUCUGGCCUUCAACGGUAUAUCUUUAAGCACCAGCAUUGACUGGAUGAAUGUGGGCCGCCUACACUGUUUAUAUCCUUGGUGGGAAGAUGCAACUGUGAAUUUUAUGAUUAGCGGCGGUUAUAAUGUCAAUGAUCAGAUAGAGAAGGUUAAGAAGAGGACACUUAUAAUUUGGGGUGAGGAUGACCAAAUUAUUAGCAACAAACUAGCAGUGAGAUUGCACUCCGAACUUCCAAAUGCAAUCAUACGACAGAUACCAGAGUGUGGUCAUAUUCCUCAUGUGGAAAAGCCUGAUUCUGUUGCAAAAUUGAUCAUUGAAUUUGUUAGAGAAGCUUGUUAUGAAGAUGCGCAAACCAUUCCUCGGUAGAGAAGGUCUGCACUUUGGUUUGAUUAAUUUUAUUUAUGGCUUAUUUUUACACUGAAUUUUGAAUCCAAUCACAGACUUGAUGAUAUGGUUGGGAUAUAGGAUUCUAUAGGAACUCUGCUGCUCUUUCAAAGCCUGCAUUUUGGCCUUUAUAUUGUUAGCCAAGAUGAGAAAUUCAAUUCUAAUCAAUUGUUUUUUUGUAAUUAUCACAUGCAUACAGAUUACAUUGGUUAGUCAAAUCUCUGAGCUUUGAAAUUCAAGUUGCUUAUAAUGAUUGUGAUAUGGUAAUGAGAAAUUCAAGUC